AAAAAAAUUUAAGUUCUCAAUUUGGAAAAAUAUUUUCAUUAGGAAACAAAAUAAUAGGAACCACAACCCUCUCAGUCUCUCAGUCUCACUUUGCCGAUUGUUUUAUGCUACUGCCCAAGCCUGGUAGAGAGCAGGCUGUGAGCUCUGGCACUGUCAAGAAUUAGGAUCGUUUGAGUAAACGCUUUCCUGUCCUAGGGUCUUAGUUUUGCUCUUUUGUAAAAAUUGAUGGCGUUGGAUGAGAUGACGAAAGCUGACAUUUAUAGAGUAUAUAGAAUAUAGUUAGAUAUUAUUUCUCAUAGCAAGCCCUCUCGGUAAAUAGAUACUGCUAUUAUUCUCGAUUAUCCUGGUGAGGGAAGUGAUCAGAUUUAUUAUUGCUAAGUCUCUAAAGCAGGGUUUGCUAUCGGGUCUCCAAGUCCAGCGUUCCAGAUCUUUAUCACCUUGUGUCUGCUAGAAGGAGGGGAUCGACGCAUGCUAAAAUGAAGAAAUGGCAGCUCUUCAAGCAACAGAGUCCCCUCCUGGCUCGGCUUCUCUCAGCUGUUCAUCAUUUGAGACACAACAUGUUAACAGAAUGGUGUUCCACGAUUUCCAUGAAUCACAAUCCACUCCAUAUGCUCCCAAGGUUCCCACACUUCUUCUUAAGGAAAAUUCAGGAGACCAGGUGAUGGCAGCAGCACCCUUGACAACCAGGUCUCAGGAGUCGGUGAUGUUUGCGGAUAUGGCCAUAUAUCUCACACCAGAGGAGUGGGGGCAAUCUGACCCUACUGAGGGAGCCCUCUACAGGGAUAUGAUGCUGGAGAGCUGUGGAAAUGACGUCUUGUUGGGUGAUGGAUCUGAGACUGAAAACAUGGAGUCUCUUUCAAAUUUGGAAGCUUCUGAAGAUGUUGAAUCAGAAGAGAAGUUAUCAUCUGAAUUCCCAAUAGCUCUUCCCCAAGGACCUGAUUUUGAAGAAGCUCUUAACAGUGAAUUUUAUACAUAUGAUAAGUGUAGGACUGCCUUCCAGUGGGACUCACACCUUAUUCAACAUGAACAAAUUCAAAGGGAAGAAAAACCUUAUGAAUGUAAUGAUUGUGGAAAAGCUUUCAUGAGGAGCUCAGACCUUAUUCGUCAUCAGAGAACACAUAGUGAAGAAAAACCAUAUGAAUGCAGUGAAUGUGGCAAAGCCUUUAGACAGAGUUCAGGUCUUAGUCAACAUCAGAGAAUUCAUAGUGAAGAGAAACCAUAUGAGUGCAAUAUUUGUGGGAAAGCCUUCAGACAGAGUUCAGGCCUUAGUCAGCAUCAGAGAAUUCAUGGUGGGAUAAAACCUUAUGAAUGUACUGAAUGUGGAAAAGCCUUUCGGUGCAACUCAGACCUUUCUAAACACCAGGAAAUUCAUAGUGGAUUAAAACCCUGUGAAUGCAAAGAAUGUGGGAAAGCCUUUAGGAGUACCUCUGACCUCAUUAAACAUCAGAGAAUUCAUAGUGGAGAAAAACCUUAUGAGUGUAAUGAAUGUGGGAAAGCCUUCAUGAGGAACUCCAGCCUUAUAAAGCAUCAGGGAAUCCAUACUGGAGUGAAACCCUAUGAAUGCAGUGAAUGUGGGAAAGCCUUCAGUCAGACUGCAGUCCUUAUUCAACAUCAGAGAAUUCAUAGUGGGGAGAAACCAUAUGAAUGCAAUGAAUGUGGGAGAGCCUUCACCAGGAAAUCAGACCUUAUUGUGCAUCAGAGAAUUCAUACUGGAGAGAAACCCUAUAAAUGUAAUGUAUGUGGAAAAGCCUUCAGCCGAACCUCAGUUCUUAUUGAACAUCAAAGAAUUCAUACAGGAGAGAAACCUUUUGAAUGUAAUGAAUGUAGAAAAGCUUUCAAGAGGAGAUCAGACCUUAUUCAACAUCAGAGAAUUCAUAGGGGAGAAAAGUUUUAUGCAUGUGAUCAGUGUGGAAAAACCUUUACUCAGAGCUCAGGUCUUAUUCAUCAUCAGAGAAUUCACAAUGGAGAGAAUGUUUAUUAAUGUAACGAAUAUGGGAAAGAUUUUACCUGGAGCUCAGUCCUUAUUGAGCAUCAGAUAAAAACCCUGUGAAUGUUAUGAAUGUGAGCAAACUCUUAGCAAAUUUGUGAUUUUGUUCUAUCCUGAUAUAUCACAAUGGAAUUAGCCGUCAGAUUUAUGAAUUUCUGGAAGUAGGAAUCAUGUCUUUGUAACUCAUUUUAUAUAGCAUCAAGUCUAGUGCUACUUGCAGAUUGACUCUUUAAUAAAGAUCUUUUAUAUUAGUGAUUGA